CGAAUGUUUUCAACUUGCAAACUUAUUUCGCAAGCUUAAUUGUUUUCUUUUCUGCUCCUGGGAAUGCGUUACGAACACUACUAGUAAAGACUGGGUUUCAUUAUGUAUUCUUUAUCAAGAGUUGCUCUCCGCAGAAGUCUUCUCCCAUGUUAUGAAGUGUCAAAACCCUUGAAUUCUCUUCUGAGAUUUCAGAAAAUCGAAGCAGUUUCUGACAGCAGCAGGGAUCAUGAAUCCGCAACUCCUGGAGCGAGACCCUUCGAAGACAUCCCUGGACGCCCCAAAAACUUAAGAUCGAUCGCAGAGUCUUACUGGAAAACUAAAGGAUUCACUAAAGGAUACAAAUUGUGGGAUGAACUGUUUCAAAAAUAUGGCCCCAUUUUCAAGGAGUUCGCUGUGAUAGGUACACACUCUGUGCACCUUAUUGAUCCUGUUGAUCAAGAAAAGGCUCUACGUGCUGAAGGAAAAUAUCCCUCCAGACUAAUUGUUGAUUUUUGGUUGGAACAUCGACAACGAAGAAAUUACUUCCCUGGCAUUGUGCUCUUGGAAGGAGAGGAGUGGUACAGAGUGCGACACAGUGUGGCUCCAAAAAUAAUGCGUCCAAAGAUUAUGGAGGAGAACAUUGAUAACUUUACUGCUGUAACAAAUGAUGCUAUUGCAAGGCUUGCCAAACUAAAGGAAGAAUGUGGACCUGAUGGAUACAUUCCAGACUUGGAGGAGGAACUUAGUAAAUGGGCUACAGAGAGUGUGGGAACACUUGCAUUUGAUUCUCGCCUGGGGCUUUAUGAAGACCCUCCCAAGGAAGAAGCCAUGCGAUUCAUCACAGAGGUUCAUAACUUCUUCUCAAUCAGCCAUAAGUUAUUUUUUAGUGUAUCAAGGAGAAUUGCUAAGAACUUCAACAUUGAUACACCAUUACUGAAGAAAUUCUUCAAAACUGCUGAUGCCCUUAUAGAAAUUGGGGAAGGUUUUGUGGAUAAGAAGAUGAGAGAAUUAAAAGAAAUGUCAGAUAAAGAAAUUGACCCCUCUGGCAACACUCAAGUUGUUCCAUUGUUGACCUACCUGCUCACAAAGAAGGAACUGACUCCUCAAGAGGUUGUGGGUGUUGUUCUUGAUGUUGUGGGCGCAGGAGUUGAUACAACGGCAAAUACUACUUUGUGGAUGUUAUAUAAUUUAGGAAGAAAUCCACGCGUGCAAGACAAACUCUAUCAGGAGGUGGAUAGUGUUGUUGGAAAGGAUGCAGAUGUCACCUCUCAGAGUCUUGCAAAAUUGUCAUAUCUGAAGGCUUGUCUAAAAGAAACAAUGAGAUUACACCCAGUUGUUUCCGCCAACAGUCGAAUAUUGGAUGAGGAUAUUGAGUUGCGUGGCUAUCAUGUGCCAGCAAGAACUUUCAUAGUUUUAGAAAAUUACUGUACUGCUCGCUCUGAAAAGUACUUUGAGGAUCCUUUAGAGUACAAACCAGAGCGCUGGCUGCGAGAAAACAGGGAAGAGGCUCACGCUUUUGCAAGUAUACCAUUUGGAUUCGGACCUCGAAUGUGCCUUGGUCGUCGUUUGGCGGAAUUGGAAAUUUAUCUGUUUAUUUGCAAGCUACUGCAGCGGUUUCAAAUUGAGUACAAUCAAGGUCCAUUGGAAAUGUACCAGAAGCUCAUUAUGGUUCCUGAUAAACCGGUUAAUAUCAAACUUAUCGACCGCCUUUGAGUCACUAAAAUUUCUUAUUACACAGUGGCACUCACUGACCCUCUCCUCCACCUUCAUAACUCAGCGGGCUUACAUUAAGUGACGUCAUAAAUGAAGGCCAUAUCACUAUAUUACCCAUAGUUAAUACCUUUGAAUUAGAUGUAACAAUAUAAAUGAAACGAAAAAGUAACUGAAAGCUUAACUUGUGAAUUCACAGGCGGGACACGUGUACCAUGUGUGGGAAUGAGUACAGUUUCCCGCUCUAAGCUUAAUUCCGUAACAGAAGAUAUUAUAUCAACCGAUUUUCUUAAUUCAAAGUCCAUUCUCCAACAUCCGCACACAUUCACUCUUAAGAUCCAAUUGUUAUAGAAGAAGCGACAAUUAAGUUAGACUGAACGGGAGUCAUCCCUAAUAACAACAUGUAUCCCUUGCACUCAGUUGCACCUAAUGUCAACAACGCAAUCGUGAGAAAAUGAAAAAAGGCAAGUCGAAAUUCAGUAGGAAGUAAAUUAUGUUCUUGUGAUGUUGAUAAAUCCUAAACAUAAGCCGGCCUUAAAGCACUUACUCAAGUUGAUUUAAAUUAAUAAGCGAACUUCUUGUUUCCUAGUCGUUCUUUUCCCGUUUUUGCCUUAAUCCGCUGUUCAAUAAGCGCUGGGGUUUAAUACUGUCCUUCAAUGGGAAAAUGCGCUUUGGUUCAUUUGUCUUGUUUCACUUCUUACCUUUUUGGUUUUUUUUUCUGAGACAAUGUUUUUGCAGUUAUACAUAAGCAUCUGAUUUGGAGUUUCUUAUUUCACAUCACACGUUUUCAGUUUUUUUUAUUUUCAUUCGAUCAUUUAUAAUUACCAAUACUAUUAGAUUAAUUAGACUGUUCAGCGAGCAAGAGGCCUUCAAUGUUCUAUAUAAAUCAUGGUAUUUGACAUCAUUACUCAAUAUGUAGAUAAAUUUCAAUACUUAUAGUUAGUACUGAGGUGUAUAAUAGGUAAAAGUUUCAUUCUUUCGCUUAGUUAUAACCUUGUAAUCUCUGGGCGUAUUUGAUGUAAUGGUUUCCAAUGAGGCUAUUGUAUUAGCUACUGUAAAAUUUAUGUGACAGUAAUUCAGUAAUUUUAGGCCUCACUGAAGGACAACAUGAAACGGUUACGCGCAUAUAUACAUGUGUCAUUGGAAUUGUAAUACGCACAUAGUUACAUUUAGGAUAUUUUACCCCACCGUAUGGCAACAUUUAUUACGAACACAAAGUACGAGUUAAAGGACUUUUCAGUCAAAUUGCCUCCUUUUUACAAGCUAUUGCCUAACAUUUAAAUUAUUUUGUUAUCCAAUAUCUACCAGCUUAUCCAAUUUUCACAGCGCCUCUCAGCGACAUUCAAUCAUAGAAUGAAUAUCGUCUAAGGAAUGGAUAUUGUAAUACUAAUCUCCGAACUCGGUUUAUUUGGUCUGA